UUUAUGUGUUUCCUCUUUCCCGCAGUCAGUCUCUGUAUUCUAUGCUGGGAGCGAUGGUGUGAUUAUUAUUAUGUUUGCUUGACGGGAGAAUUCCACCAACGAAAAAUAGGAAUAUAGGAUUUUUUUUUCCCGUGUGGAUGUAAUUGUUUUUUUUUUAUAUCGUGCAUGUAAAUACGGAAAAUAAUAACAACACAAAAAAUACGCAAGUGCUCUAGAAAAAAAAAUACGUCGAAACGAAACAGUGAAUCAACUCAGGCGAUAGGAGGCGGCCGCUGUGCAGGCAGGCAGUGAGCAGUCGAGAAUUGUUUUUUUUAUCAGCGGUGAAUACCGGAAGUGACCAACCAACGAGAAAUGUCUUCCAAAAACGAACUGAAAAAGCUUUCGGAGGAAAGCUUGACCCGCCAGCCGGAGGAGGUAUUCGACAUCAUCUGCAAGCUGGGCGAGGGAAGCUAUGGCUCGGUCUACAAAGCCCUCCACAAGGAAAGCGAGCAGGUUCUCGCCAUCAAGCAGGUCCCGGUGGACACGGACCUGCAGGAGAUCAUCAAGGAGAUCUCGAUCAUGCAGCAGUGCGACUCGCCAUACGUUGUCAAGUAUUACGGUAGUUACUUUAAGAACACCGAUCUCUGGAUUGUGAUGGAAUACUGCGGAGCCGGUAGCGUGUCCGACAUCAUGAGGUUGCGGAAGAAGACACUGUCGGAGGACGAGAUCGCAACGAUCCUGAUCGAUACGUUGAAGGGGUUGGAGUAUCUGCACCUGAGGAGGAAGAUCCAUCGGGACAUCAAGGCGGGUAACAUCCUGCUGAAUUCGGAAGGUCACGCCAAACUGGCCGACUUUGGGGUGGCCGGACAGCUAACGGAUACGAUGGCCAAACGAAAUACUGUGAUCGGGACACCAUUCUGGAUGGCCCCGGAGGUGAUAGAGGAAAUCGGGUACGACUGCGUGGCGGACAUUUGGUCCCUGGGUAUCACGGCACUGGAGAUGGCCGAGGGAAAGCCACCGUACGGAGAUAUUCAUCCGAUGAGGGCCAUCUUUAUGAUACCAACGAAGCCACCGCCAUCGUUCCGGGAUCCGGACAUCUGGAGUCCGGAGUUUAUCGAUUUUGUCAGUCUGUGCCUGGUCAAGAAUCCGGAGGAACGAGCUACGGCGACGGAUUUGCUGACGCAUGAGUUUAUCGGAAACGCCAAACCGUGCAGCAUUCUCAGUCAGAUGAUAGCGGAAGCGAAGGAAAUUAGGGAAAAUCAAAGCUACCGGCACGCGGCGGCCAUUAGUCAGGCGAACAAGCAGCUGCAAAACAAUAACAACAUUAGUCACGAAGGUGAAUCGGACGAGGACGAUGUGAACUCGAGGACGAUGAAGGAAUUCCCGGAGGAUUGUGGAACGUUGGUGCCGGGACGGGACGACGGCGACGGGACGAUGAUAGCACAUACGGACUGCGGAACGCUCGUUCCGGACAGUGCAACGAUGGUGGAGCUGCAAUCCAAUCUCGGCACCAUGGUGAUCAACUCGGACUCGGAGGAAUCGACGAUGAAAAGACAUGACACCAAUCCGGACAAACCGAAGUACCGACCACUGUUCCUGGACCACUUCGACAAAAAGGAAGCGGAAGCGGUCAGUUUCGUGACCAAAUCCACAAACCAGCGCAGCUACGACGACGAUAGCUCCUCGCCGGAAGAUCAGGACGCGUCCCCUCAGCGACCGCAGCCGCAGGUGCAAACUCCGAGCAAGCAGCAACCCUCGGCUCCACCGCUAACGCAGAGUGUCGAUGAGCAACAGCUGAACGAGGAGCGGCAGCGAUUUCAGUCGCACCUGCAGCUGCAACUCAAUCAGAUCUCCGCUGUUAGUCCCAAUAUGCACCAGCAGCAGCAACAGGUGCAAUAUCAACAAUCGCCAAUGGCUGUGACUCCGGAUGGCGGUGGUGGUGGCGGCGGCGGUGCUGCCAAUGGAAUGGAAGCUCACAAUCGGAUCUACAACAAUAGGAUCAACUUGAUUGAUAGUGAAUACGAUUCGCUGAAAUUCCUCAACUAUGAACAGCUCGAGCAGCGGCUGGCCAGCAUCGACAAGGAGAUGGAGAAGGAACUGGCCGAAACGAACAAACGCUACCACGCCAAGCGGAAGCCCAUCAUCGAUGCGAUCGAGGCCAAACAGCAGAAGCGACAGCAGAAGCUCGAGGAAUUUUGAGUUUUCCUCCUCCCGUCGUUCCCCGUCAUGUGCUAAAGCCCAAUAAUCUCGUGUGGGAAAUCCGCAAAGACGUAAGCAUGAAAUAGUUUUUUUUUUUCUAGUUUGGAAUUUUAAGAAUGAAACGUUGCAACCGUUAGCGCCAAUUUUUAAGUGAGCUUUCGUCCGAAUCAGACCGGACUGUUUUAAUUUUUAAUCCAACUUUGCUUAUUUAUAAAACCACACGUAUACACCUUUCCUGACUGCCCUUGAAAGCGCGCAGCGGAAAGUACGGAUCUUUUUUAGUGAAAUACUAGCGUUAUUUUAUGGUGAAACAAAGUGUAGAGAUCUUUUGAAUUUAUAUGAGCUAAUCUAUUAAAAUUUUAAUACUUUAAAAUCGUCGGGAAAAAAAAUAACUACGGUCAUCAUUUACGGAAUCUCCUUCCUUUUUUCCCCAACCUGUUGAGAUUCUCCGAAGAUCAAAUCGUUUCCGUUGUUCAUCUUCCGUCCUCUUGAGAAGAAUAUUUAUGUACCUAGCAUUCCCCCUUAGAUUCGUUUGGUUUUGUUUUGGGUCCAUCAAUCGACCUACGAGGAUGCCAAAAUUAGGGGAAUAUGUUCCCACCCUAGGAUUCAGACCGUUCCCCCCGAGAUAAGCCAAUUCGGUCCCUUGGUGCUCACUGAAUUGCAUCCACUACGAAUUCCGUCUCGCAUCGCCGAAAGGGGCAAUGAUUUUUUUUUUGGUUCUGUGGAAGUUCGCCUAACUGUAGACUAUUCUAGCUUAAUUCAGAAGAAAAUUCUAUUUCGGUAAUUUUGAACGAAUAUUGGUCACCCGAAUCCGGUUAUUUCAAAUUAUAAGGAAAAUAUUAAUGUAAUCGUCAAUUUUAAUAGAGAAUUCAGUUUUCCGAGAAAUGGAAUCGCAGUAGGCCGCGCUUGAAAGCUGACGUGUUUUUCUUUUGCUGCGUAUUUUUCGCCAGCGAAUUUAACAUUUUCGAUUUAAAUUUGUGCUAAAAUUUAGUUGCAAGUGUUCAUAAAGUUAUCAUUUCGUGAUAUGUCGUGUUUUGCCUGUGUUUGCCUUGAGUGACUUGGUUGACCUUGAAUCCAAACUCCAAAAUCUACGACGCAGCUUCAGUUCCAUUGUUCGGUGUCGGUUUUCAUUGCCAACCGGGAAACCGGCAUCCGACAUACUUUCGGCGUGUAGUUCUAUUGAGAGAUUCGUCACCGUGGGCGAGUUUGAAUUAACCCGGGAACGUGCUGAUAAUGUAUCGGUCGCGAGUUUGGGUGGUGAUUCGGUGGCCGACGUUGCCGUGAAAAGGAAGUAUUUCGACAAAGGUGCAUCACGAAAUGAGAUGCAACGACGCUUAGAGAAAAUCAAAACUACGGAACCCAAGGAUUGGAGGAUCAAAUUAACAUGAUGAGACUAAAGAGACUGAAUUGGGUAAAGAGGCGACAUCUUAUCCAUUUGACUGAUCUUCUGCUCGAUUGGAAUAACUUUUCCUUUGACUUUGACAGAUAAUCCAUUGUUCCAAUUUUGACAUGUCGUCUCUUUAUAAAUGCAGGCUCUUUAGGUGAGACUAGUCCAAAUACUUUUUACAAUUUAAAAAACGUAAACUAAAUACGUGCCAGGAUUCAAUAGAACAUUUUGAAACUGGAAGUGUGUGUGUGCAAUACUAAUAUCCAAUUGAUACAGGUAAUACAUACAUGCGGCGCUUAUUGUAAGUGAAAGUAACCUCAGAAUACCCCGUAACGUGGGUAGAUCACCUUUGCGUGGUACGUUACGGGAUGUAAGAUCUACCACCGAUUCCUAGUCUUGACUACUUCAAACUAAGGGAACAGGAUUUUCCAGUAAUCAAAGGAACACAUCUUAGUCCU